AUGCCGGGUGACGGUGAAUCGGAGCGACACCCGCUCCUGGCCGUGGAUGGCGACCUGCCGCCGGUCGAGGACCCUCCCGUGCAAGAGUACUUCGUCAUCAAGCAAGAGGUGACCCUCGACAUCAACUUCCGCGACCGACGCAUCGACGGCACGACGGACAUCUUCAUCGGGAUGCUCAACGAGAGGCUAGACGAGGUGUCGCUCGAUGCGGCGAACUGCAAGGUGGACACGGAGCGCAUCACGGUGACGGAAGUGCGCGACGUCCACGGCGACACCCACGAGGGCCAGAAGCGCAAGGCCGUCGCCAACUACCGGGAUCCCUACAAGAGCCUCGAGCAUCCGGACAACUGGAACUGGACGGCCGAGCACCACGAUCUCCGGCGCAUGCGCGCCCGGAAUCUCUUCCACAGCCGCAAGGUCGACGUCCCCGCCGAGGGCAGGGAGGCCGUCGGCUGCACGCCCGCCUACUCGUCGCUCAAGGUAAACCUGCGCGGCAAGGGCGACCAGGACCGCCCGAGGCUCAUCAUACGGAAGUCCACCAACAAUUUCGAGUCGUCGGCCAACUCGGGCCGCAAGCAGUACAAGAUAUCCAUCCCCUUCUCCAGGAAGAACCCCAGGGACGGCGUCCAGUUCGUCGGCGUCGACCCCCUGGACCAUCGCUACGCACACGUGUACAGCCGCCACUCCAUCCAGCCGGGGACGGCGUCGUGCAUAUUCCCGUGCCUGGACGACCACGGCUCGCGGUGCGAGUGGAAGAUCUCCUUCCGGUAUCCGAGAACCCUGGCCGACGCACUCGAGAAGCCGGCAUCGCACAAGACGGCAGGCAAGGAUGGCUCCUCCGACAAGGACAGGAGCAUCGAGAUGGUGGAGGAGGACAGGCUCAGGGAGAUGACGGUCAUCUGCUCCGGCUUCCUGGUGGAGGAGAUGGUCGAUCCCAGGGACGACCGCAAGAAGAUCAUGUCCUUUGAGCCCGAGAAGAAGACGUCGGUCCAGAAGCUGGGCUUCGCCGUCGGGCCUUUUGAGCACGUCGACCUGUCGGCCGAGUUCCGCUCCGAGGAGGACGAGAUCAAGCUGGGCACGAGUGCCCUCCGGGUCCACGCCUACUGCCUGCCCCGGCGGGCGGAGUGGGUUCGCAACACCUGCGUUGCCAUGACCAUGGCCGCCGACUUCUUCAGCUACACCUUUGCCAAGUACCCCUUCAGCAACUUCAAGCUCUGCUUCCUCGAGGACAUGGCGGAGGACACCACCCCCCUGCACUCGGUCGCCUUCGCCAGCACGCGUCUGCUGUACCCCGAGGACGUUGUCGACACCGAGGCUGAGGUGACGCGCAAGCUCGUCUUGACGUUGGCGUACCAGUGGAUCGGCAUCAACCUCAUCCCCAACACGCGCAACGACCUCUGGCUCAUCUUCGGCAUAGCCCACUACAUGACGGACCUCUUCAUGAAGCGUCUCUGCGGGAACAACGAGCACCGCUUCCGGAUGAAGAUGAUGUCGGACCGCCUGGUGGAGCUGGACAUCGGACGCCUGUCGCUCUACGACCUGGGCCCCAACCUGCACCUGGACGGGUCCGAGAUGGACUUUAUGAACCUCAAGUCGGCCCUGAUCCUCUUCGUCCUCGACAAGCGUCUCGUCAAGGCAUCCGGCGGCCACGGGCUGACCCGCAUCCUCGCCAGGUAUCUUACCAAGGUCCAGGUGGACAGCGGCGACAGCUCCGCCAUCCUCAAGACGGAGGACUUCAAGGCCAGGUGCGAGAAGGCGUCCAGGAACCGGCUCGAGGCCUUCUGGAGCCAGUGGGUGUACGGGUCCGGGUGCCCGAGGUUCGACGUAAAGGCCAAGUUCAACAAGAAGCGGCUCUGCGUCGAGCUGACCCUCAACCAGAUCCAGUACCAGACGGCCAAGAAGGCCGAGCUCGAGAAGGACGACGUGCUGCGCAUCAUCAAGGAGCGUCGCGCGGGCGCGCCCGUCGGCCCGGUCCAGCCGCUCUUCACCGGGCCCAUGACGAUCCGCAUCCACGAGGCCGACGGCACGCCGUACGAGCACAUCCUCGAGAUACGAGAGGAUGCCACGCGGCUGACCAAGUUUGAGAUACCCUACAAUACGAAAUACAAGCGGCUCAAGAGGACCCGCCGCAUGAAGGAGAAGCACGCCGGGGCCGCGAACGCGGAAGCCGCCGGCGAGGGUGCCGAGGACGCCCUCCUCUACUGCCUGGGCGACGUGCUGCAGACGCCCGACGACCAGAGGGACUGGGAGCUCAUCGACUGGGAUCCCGAGACGGAGCGCAAGAUGGACCAGGAGUCCUACGAGUGGAUCAGGGUCGACGCCGACUUCGAGUGGGCGGCCGCCAUGAAGCACACGCUCGAGCCCUACAUGUACGUCUCGCAGCUCCAGCAGGAUCGCGACGUCGUCGCCCAGCAGGACGCGAUGCUCUACCUGGCCCACGGUCCCCUGCACCCCAUAGCGUCGGGCUUCCUCGUGCGGACGCUCGUCGACAGGCGCUACUUCCACGGCAUCCGCACCAUGGCUGCCGAAGCGCUGCCCCGGCAGGCCAACAUCAAAGAUCUGCCCAUGCUGGGCCUGCGGCAGCUCCUCAAGGCGUACCGCGAGAUGUUCUGCUUCGACAGCACCAACCAGCCGCAGCCCAACGACUUCUCCAACAAGCAGCAGUACAAGGUGCGCUGCGCCAUCAUCCGGGCCAUCGCGCAGGUCCGGGACGGCGGGCACAGGUGCCCCCUAGAGGCGCGCGUCUUCAUCCUCGACCAGCUCCUCUACAACAACAACGAGGACAACCCGUACUCGGACCACCACUGGAUCGCGCUGCUCGUCGAGGCGCUGGCCACAUCCCUCAUCCCCUCGCGGAAGGACGAGUGGUUCGAGCGCCAGCGCAAGGUGCAAGGCGAGGAGGAAGACCGGUUCCUCGCCUCGGCCCUGGACCAGAUCGAGCGCGUCCUGAGGAGGGACGAGUGGACCGACUCGUACCAGAACAUCUGGACGAUUGCCGGGCUCGACGCCAAGCAGCGCCUCAUGAAGGCCGAGGUGAUACCCCGGAGCUACGCAGACUUCGGACAGUACCUGCUGGACGGGACGGCCGACGCCAUCCGCAUCAAGUGCUUCGAGGCGCUCAUCGACCUGGGCGCCAUGACGGACCCGGCCGUCUUCAGCCUCCUGCUCUACGUCCUCGCCUCGGACCGCUCCCCCUACGUCCGCAGCAGGCUGAUCCAGGCCACCGCCCGCGGCCUGGCGGCCAUCGCGUUCGGGGAGCACGCGCAGGAGCACGCGGCCAAGAAGGGCGGCGCCGCCAAGGAGGAGGAGGCAGACGCCCCCGGCGACAUGGACCUGGACAUGGGCACGGGCACGGGCACGGGCACGGGCAUAGACGCAGACCCGCUCCUCGUCGUCCAGGACACGGAGAAGGAGGUCAAGGCCAGGAAGGAGAUGUUUGAGCGCAAGGAAAACCUCGACGUGGCGCUCAAGGCGCUCAGGAGGGAGAUGCAGACGACGUAUGCUGCCGACGAGCGGCAGUAUCUCACGGCCAUGCGGAAGGCCCUGGAUCACAAGGGAUUGGGCCGCGCGGAUGUCGAGUCGCUGCUCGACCUCGCCGCCAUGAUGUUUGAGGAGGCGCAGAGCUGGGUCGUCACGUUGAGCCUGCCGAAGGCUUGGGCGGCCGACAGGUCCGCUCAGCAGAUGCCUGGUCGGCUCAUGGUCAACUUCAAGUCCUACUUCAGGACCAAGCCCAGGGACCCUUACGGCGCAGUCCCCGCGCCGGUCACGGUCGCGCCUGCCACCGCCCCUACCGCCCCGAGCGCCGCUACCGCCGCUACCGCUCCCGCCGCGCCCGUCGUCGCGCCCGCCGCCGCGCCCACCGUCGCGCCCACCGUCCCCACCGUACCGAUCGGCCCGAUCGGUCCCAUCGGCCCUCCUGCUCCCACCGCGAAACCGGCCGUCGCCACCGGCACGGCAGCACCUCCGCUCCCGGAGCGGCCGGUGUCCCUCCCCAGAGCACCGUCCAUCAAGCUCAAGACGUCGCGUCCGUCGCUGCCGGGCGGUGCCGGCACCGGGAACCCGCCAAGCGCUGCAGGCACGUCGGUGGCGCGCAAGCCGAGCGUCGACGUGUCGAGGCCCGCACCGCCUGCACCUGGGACAGCCGUGCCGCCAGCCCCGUCGUCGUCAUCUGCCAAGCGCCCCCACCCGGACAAGGACGGCGGCAGCUCGCAGUCGGCGGCGAAGCGUCCCAGGACGGACGCGGCCAGCCACCAGCAGACCAACGGCCACGGCAGCGCGCCGCCGCGCAGGAGGAAGAUGGUGACGCUCAAGACGCGCCCGAAGAGGCUUGCGCUGGCCCUCGGACGUCCCUGGCCUCCGCACUCGUCCUCGUCGACGUCGUCCUCGUCGUCGUCUUCCCGCGACGGGCCGAACAGGAAAGCCCUGCCCGGCCUGUUCAGGCGGGACAGCACACCCAAGAAGGAAGGCACGCCCGAACGCAGCGGCGGGGGGUUCGCCAAGGAAUCCGUCCUGGCCAAGUCGAUGCGCAAGCCUCUGCCCAGCACGAUGAGCGACCCGGCCAGGAAACCUCUGCCCAAGAUCGGAUCCGCGGGCAGCGGUCCGUCCACGUCGCCGACGCCGUCUCACCUUACGGGGACGUCGGGGUCCGGGGGACUGCCGAAGCGGCCGUCCGUGCCUAAGCCGUCUACGCCUUCCGCCGUGGCGAGGAAGUCUGGCAGUCCCGCUGCGCCGCCGACGCCGUCGGCCGCGCCCGGAUCGGCCGCGCCCGCGGCACGGCCAAAGAUCAAGAUCGUCAGGAGAUCCCAACCUGGACCGUCACAGUCACCACCCGCUCCUUAG